AUGACCAGUACGGGCGCAGGCAGACCAGGUCUGCUCAACUUCAGAGUCACGCACCCAGACGUCUUUACACACGGCAUCUGCGGCCGCAAAGACUGCUUCCGCGGCUCACCAGCGGCGGCAGACUGCGAGUUCCACGGCAACGCCGUCCGGGACAUCAUCAGGACACGGCGGGACCAGAGACGGGCCCGCUUACAACAACGGUGCCGGACGCACAGCACCGACGUGACGCCGACGGCUUCGGCGUCGACAAGUCGGAACGUCACGCCUCUGAAACGGCAGCCGAGCCAGAGCAGCAGCAAGCCGGAUAGCCCGCUAUCCUUCACCUCGUCCGAGUUCUCGGCCGAUUUCUCACCAAUCGUCUCGCCGCUGAUGGAGGAUCUCAUGCUGGAGGUCACGGAUGCCAUUGAGAGCAGCGGCCUGCCGCCCGAGCUUGCCAUGCCGCCGAGGCGGACGACGUCGGCGAUUAAUAUGGACGACAUAUUCAGAAUGAUUGACGAGGCUCAGAGGGAGUAUGAGAGCCUCGGCGAGUCACCUGUCACACAAGCAAGACCCAGAAACGAAAUGACCCGCGAGCCGCGCUGGAGCUGGGAGAGUCUGCUAGGCCCAUCAUGA